CUGGUCCGUCACGGCCCCGCCUCGCCCGUAGGACCCCCGCCCGGCUGCCACAGCGUGUUCGAGGGUCGGGAGAGGUGGCAGGGGUACAGGGAGUAGGGUCAAGGGGCGGGCGCGGCGGACGCCCACUGCCCGAUGCGGGACGCAGCCGGGGCUGCCGGGCCUCGGGUGUCCAGCAGUCCUGAGCCUGAGAGACCUGCGGUGCAGUGGCGGCUGCAGAGACUCGGGGAGCCGUCCCGCACCCCUUGCGUGCAGGGGAGGUGCCUCCUCCAGACCCGCCCAGCGCGUGCAGGAGGCGGCUCGGCCAGGCGGGAAGGCCGCCGCGGUCCCGCUGCCCCUGCCCGCGCGGCUGUUUAAGGUGCUGCCCGCAUCCCAGGAGGGCUGACCAGGCGCGCGCCUCUGGCAGGUGACCCGGGCCCGCAGCGCAGGUGGGUGGCCUCGCUGACCUUCAGCCGGAGGCUCCGCUGCUCGUCGCGGUGCGGAGGAUGCGCCGACCCCGGAGCUGCUCCUACCAGCUGCUGCUGCCGCCGCACGGACGCCCCGGCCGUGUGCAGGGGCUUCGCUGGACGCCGCUCACUGCCAGCCAGGAGUCUCUGGAUUUCAGCGGGAGCCUGGAGCAGGCCUCCACGGAGCGUGUGCUCAGGGCUGGGAAGCAGCUGUACCGGCACCUCCUGGCUGCCUGUCCAGGCCUCAUCCGCGACCGGAAGCAUCACCUGAGGCUCUAUCGGCAGUGCUGCUCUGGCCGGGAGCUGGUGGAUGGGAUCCUGACGCUGGGGCUGGCAGUGCACUCGCGUAGCCAGGCCGUGGGUAUCUGCCAGGUGCUCCUGGAUGAAGGUGCCUUGUACCAUGUGAAACACGACUGGGCCUUCCAGGACCGUGAUGCCCAAUUCUACCGGUUUCCCUGGCUGGAGCCGGAGCCCACAGGGAGCCCCGAGGCAGAGGAGGAGCUGGUGGAGGCCAUGGCUCUGCUGGCACAGCGAGGGCCUGACGCUUUGCUCACCAUGGCCCUUCGCAAGCCCCCCAAUCAGCGCACACAUGAGGAGCUAGAACUCAUCUUCGAGGAGCUGCUGCAUAUCAAGGCUGUGGCGCACCUGUCCAACUCGGUGAAGCGGGAGCUGGCAGCAGUUCUGCUCUUUGAGCCUCACAGCAAGGCCGGGACUGUGUUGUUCAGCCAGGGCGACAAGGGCACAUCGUGGUACAUUAUCUGGAAGGGGUCUGUCAACGUGGUCACUCACGGCAAGGGACUGGUGACAACCCUGCAUGAGGGAGAUGACUUUGGGCAGUUGGCCUUGGUGAAUGAUGCACCUCGGGCAGCCACCAUCAUUUUGCGAGAGGACAGUUGUCACUUCCUGCGUGUGGAUAAGCAGGACUUUAACCGUAUCAUCAAGGACGUGGAAGCCAAGACCAUGAGGCUGGAAGAGCAUGGCAAGGUGGUGCUGGUGUUAGAGAGGGCCUCCCAGGGUGCCAGCCCUGCCUGUCCCCCGACGCCAGGCAGGACGCGGUACACAGUGAUGUCUGGCACCCCAGAAAAGAUCCUGGAGCUCCUGCUGGAGGCCAUGCGGCCCGAUUCCAGCUCCCAUGACCCCACAGAGACCUUCCUCAGUGACUUCCUGCUGACCCACAGCGUUUUCAUGCCCAGUGCACAGCUCUGCCCUGCACUAUUGCACCACUUCCACGCGCAGCCUGCGGGUGGCAGUGAACGAGAGCACAGUUCAUAUGUGUGCAACAAGAGGCAGCAGAUCGUGCGGCUGGUCAACCAGUGGGUGGCCCUGUAUGGCCCCAUGCUGCAUGCAGACCCUGUGGCCUCCAGCUUCCUCCAGGGUUUCUCCAAGCUAGUGAGUGGGGAUGUCCAGCUGAGUGGCCUGCUAAAAGGACAGUGGCCAGAGAGGAGGCGACUGCACAGGCUGGAGAAUGGCUGUGGGAAUGCCUCUCCUCAGUUGAAGGCCCGGAAUGCACCUGUUUGGUUCCCCAGCCACGAAGAACCCCUGCCCAGCAGCAACUGUGCCAUCCGAGCCGGGGACAAAGUGUCCUAUGACGUCUACCGGCCCGACCAUUCGGGGCUGACCCUGCAGCUGCCCGUGACGGCCUCGGUGCGGGAGGUGCUGGCAGCCCUGGCUCAGGCAGAUGGCAGAACCAGUGGUCAGGUGCUGGUGAAGGUCAACUCUGCAGGCGAUGCCGUGGGCCUGCAGCCAGAAGCCCGUGGUGUGGCCACAUCUCUGGGACUCAAUGAGCGGCUGUUUGUGGCUAACCCGCAGCAGGUGCAUGAGUUGACCCCACACCCUGAACAGCUGGGGCCCACAAUGGGCUCAGCUGAGGCACUGGAGCUGGUGAGCGCCAAGGACCUGGCAGGGCAGCUAACGGAGCAGGACAGGGAUCUCUUCCACAGCAUCCACCAGGUGGAGCUGAUCCACUACGUGCUGGGUCCCCAGCACCUGCGUGAUGUCACCACCGCCAACCUGGAGCGCUUCAUGCGCCGCUUCAACCAGCUGCAGUACUGGGUGGCCACAGAGCUGUGCCUCUGCCCCUUGCCUGGCCCACGGGCCCAGCUGCUCAGGAAGUUCAUCAAGCUGGCCGCCCACUUGAAGGAGCAGAAGAAUCUCAACUCGUUCUUUGCCAUCAUGUUUGGUCUCAGCAACUCGGCCAUCAGCCGCCUGGCCCGUACCUGGGAGCGGCUGCCCCAGAAGGUUCGGAGGCUGUACUCAGCCCUCGAGAGGUUGCUGGACCCGUCCUGGAACCACAGGGCCUAUCGCGUGACUCUCGCCAAGCUCUCCCCUCCAAUCAUCCCCUUCAUGCCCCUCCUUCUCAAAGAUAUGACCUUUAUCCAUGAGGGAAACCGCACGCUGGUGGAGAACCUCAUCAACUUCGAGAAGAUGCGGAUGUUGGCCCGAGCCGUGCGGGUGCUGCACCACUGCCGAGGCCACGGUCAUGCGCCCCUCUCCCCACUCAGGACCCGAGCUGCCCACAUACACGAGGACAGCCAGGCAUCGCGGAUCUCCACAUGCUCGGAGCAGUCCCUGAACACACGGAAUCCAGCCAGCGCCUGGGCGGAUGUCCAACAGCUAAAGGUCAUCGACAACCAACGGGAGCUGUCCCGCCUGUCACGGGAGCUGGAGCCGUAACGAGGGCUGCAGCAGGCACUUCCCCCAGGAGGAUGACUGGGCGGAGGGACCCUCUGCUGGGCAGGGGACCAGACUGGGCUGGACUGGACUGGAGGUUCCAGGCAUGGGCAGCACAGAGCUGCUGUGCCCUGGAAUGACUGAAGAGGACUUGGAAGUGGAGCUGGCAGGGCAAGCCCCAGGGGCAUGGCCAGGACUAUCCAAUAGAGCUGUGCACAGCAGGUGUGCCCCAG